AUGGUAGUUAAACUGGCAGAGUUCUAUCUGUCAGGAUGUAGCGGUCAUUUGUUUAACUGGUUUGGUGCACCUUAUACAUUUGUUAUUUAUCUUGGAGGUGAUGGCGCACCAUUUGGAAAGGAUGACACUUCAUGUGCAUGGUUGAUUAGUUUUCUAAAUAUCGAGAGAGGGGUAUUAAGCAGCAACCAGAAUUAUUUACUUUUUGGGGCAAACUGCAGUGAAAACUGUAUUCCUGCUCAACGGUUUAUUAAGUUGCUUCUAACUGAUAUAUAUUCCCUUGAGAAGGAACCAAUAAGCUGCACUCAUGAUGGUAAACAGGUAAUGGUAAGAUUUUCAAUCGGUGAACUCACGAACGAUAUGAAAAUGAUAGCAUUUUUGGCAGGGGAAUUAAGUAAUAGUGCGAAAUACUUCUCGUCAUUUGCUGAUGCUGAAAAUAUUCUGAAUUAUUGCUGA